UGACUUCGUAUUAUCGUAUGUUAUGUACGUCUGUAUAUAUAUCCAGCACUUCUUCAUACUACUCACACACAACCUUAUUACAACAACUUCACUCUUGCAAAGGAUAGAUUGAAAGAAGCAAGAUGAAGUUGAGCAGCACAAAAUGUGGCCUCUUCAUGGGAUUGUUCGUAUUUUUGGCAUUCGCGGCUGACUUAGCUAACGCGAAGAUACAUUAUCACAACUUUGUUAUCCAACCGAAGCCAGAGAAGAGGCUGUGCAACAACCAAGUCAUUAUGACCGUAAAUGGUCAGUUUCCGGGGCCAACCCUGGAGGUACGUAACGGAGACACCCUAAUCAUCAAAGCCACUAAUAGAGGCAGAUACAACAUCACCCUCCACUGGCAUGGAGUGCGUCAAAUGAGAUCACCAUGGGCAGACGGGCCAGAGUUUGUAACACAAUGUCCUAUUAGGCCAGGAGAAACCUACACAUACAGAUUCACCAUCGAAAACCAAGAGGGAACAUUAUGGUGGCACGCUCAUAGCAAAUGGCUGCGAGCCACUGUGUAUGGAGCUCUAGUGAUAUACCCGAAGCUAGGAUCUUCUUAUCCCUUCCGAAAGCCAGCGAAAGAAUUUCCUGUACUUCUAGGGGAAUGGUGGAACAGAGAUCCAAUGCAAGUCCUUCAACAGUCUAUGCUUACAGGAGCUGCUCCAAAUGUGUCUGAUGCAUACACUAUUAAUGGUCAACCUGGUGAUCUCUACCGCUGCUCUAGUCAAGAUACAACAAUAUUCCCGGUUAGAGCUGGUGAAACAUUUCUUCUCCGGAUCAUCAACGCUGCACUCAAUCAACAACUCUUUUUUUCAAUUGCCAACCACCAAAUGACAGUUGUUGAGGCGGAUGCAGUUUACACCAAGCCCUUCACCACCAAUGUUGUGAUGAUAGGGCCAGGACAGACAACCAAUGUCCUAGUCACUGCUAACCAACCACCAGGCCGCUACUACAUGGCAGCAACAGCCUAUGCCAGUGCUCCUAAUGUAGCUUAUGACAACACCACCACAACUGCAAUCCUCGAAUACCAAAGAGGAGGUUCUUCGAGGCCAGUCCUCCCACAACUACCAGUAUGGAAUGACACAAACACUGCCAAAGCAUUCACAUCGCGAUUUAGGAGCCUCUCCAGAGGGGAAGUCCCAACUAGGAUUGAUGAGAACCUAUUUUUUACAAUCAACCUUGGGCAAAUCAACUGCUCACGCCCAAGUUUCCGUUGCCAAGCGCCUAACAACACUAGGUUCACUGCCAGUAUGAACAACGUAUCAUUCUUGCUGCCAACGAGAAAUUCAAUUCUGCAAGCCAUGUAUCAAAACACCCCUGGUGUCUUCACAACAGACUUUCCUCCGGUGCCUCCAGUGCAAUUCGAUUACACUGGAAAUGUAAGCCGCGGGUUGUGGACACCUGUUUCAGGGACAAAACUAUACAGGCUCAAAUUUGGAUCUCAUGUACAAAUUAUCUUACAGAACACUAAUAUUGUCACAGUUGAAGAUCAUCCCAUGCAUCUUCAUGGUUACCAUUUCUAUGUUGUUGGUUCGGGUCAGGGUAACUUCAAUCCAAAAACAGAUCCUGCCAGAUUCAAUCUGGUUGAUCCACCAUUUAGGAAUACAGUUGGAACUACACCUGGUGGAUGGGUUGCUAUUCGAUUUGUAGCUGAUAAUCCAGGGGUUUGGCUAAUGCACUGUCACCUUGAUGUUCAUAUUGGGUGGGGUUUGGCUAUGGCCUUCUUGGUCGAGAACGGUGUUGGUGAACUGCAAACCUUGGAACCCCCUCCAUUAGAUCUUCCUCAGUGUUGAGUAAAAGAAAAGCAUUGGAUUUGCAUUUAAUACAGCUUAAUGUCUAGGUUAAUGAUGUCUAGUCACAAAUUCAAGGGACAGUCUUUAUUAUUAUUUUUUGUCACAAAAUAAUGUAUACCAUAUUGCAUAGUUUUUCAUUUCCAUGUACCUGGCUGUGGUACAGAAUCAAGCUAUAUUGUCUUUGUCUAUGAAUCAAUACAAUUUAGUUUCAAUUUUUGAAAUCGUAAAACAUGUGUCUUUCUCCAACCUGUUCAUAUCUUGCCUAUUUGUUACACAGCCUACUUGGCUACUUCAGAAGAGAUAUCUUAUUCUGAUAUAUCUUCUACAGUUCAGAUUUUAUUCCAUAUUUUCAAACACAGAACAAGUUCAUACCGAGUAACUUUUAAAUGACAUGAGCAUCAAUGUCACAUAUAGAAAUGAACUAUUACAAUCACCAUAUCAUAUCAAAAUUUGGCAAAAUAUUUUUUAGAGAAAUUUUUUUACCAAAUGUAAAACUUGAGUAUUGAAAUAAGGGCUUAAACCCUAAACCAACACUUCACAUCACCCAAAAAAAAAAAAAAAA